GAAGAAGAAGAAGAAGAAGAAGAAGAAGAAGAAGAAGAAGAAGAAGAAGAAGAAGAAGAAGAAGAAGAAGAAGAAGAAGAAGAAGAAGAAGAAGAAGAAGAAGAAGAAGAAGAAGAAGAAGAAGAAGAAGAAGAAGAAGAAGAAGAAGAAGAAGAAGAAGAAGAAGAAGAAGAAGAAGAAGAAGAAGAAGAAGAAGAAGAAGAAGAAGAAGAAGAAGAAGAAGAAGAAGAAGAAGAAGAAGAAGAAGAAGAAGAAGAAGAAGAAGAAGAAGAAGAAGAAGAAGAAGAAGAAGAAGAAGAAGAAGAAGAAGAAGAAGAAGAAGAAGAAGAAGAAGAAGAAGAAGAAGAAGAAGAAGAAGAAGAAGAAGAAGAAGAAGAAGAAGAAGAAGAAGAAGAAGAAGAAGAAGAAGAAGAAGAAGAAGAAGAAGAAGAAGAAGAAGAAGAAGAAGAAGAAGAAGAAGAAGAAGAAGAAGAAGAAGAAGAAGAAGAAGAAGAAGAAGAAGAAGAAGAAGAAGAAGAAGAAGAAGAAGAAGAAGAAGAAGAAGAAGAAGAAGAAGAAGAAGAAGAAGAAGAAGAAGAAGAAGAAGAAGAAGAAGAAGAAGAAGAAGAAGAAGAAGAAGAAGAAGAAGAAGAAGAAGAAGAAGAAGAAGAAGAAGAAGAAGAAGAAGAAGAAGAAGAAGAAGAAGAAGAAGAAGAAGAAGAAGAAGAAGAAGAAGAAGAAGAAGAAGAAGAAGAAGAAGAAGAAGAAGAAGAAGAAGAAGAAGAAGAAGAAGAAGAAGAAGAAGAAGAAGAAGAAGAAGAAGAAGAAGAAGAAGAAGAAGAAGAAGAAGAAGAAGAAGAAGAAGAAGAAGAAGAAGAAGAAGAAGAAGAAGAAGAAGAAGAAGAAGAAGAAGAAGAAGAAGAAGAAGAAGAAGAAGAAGAAGAAGAAGAAGAAGAAGAAGAAGAAGAAGAAGAAGAAGAAGAAGAAGAAGAAGAAGAAGAAGAAGAAGAAGAAGAAGAAGAAGAAGAAGAAGAAGAAGAAGAAGAAGAAGAAGAAGAAGAAGAAGAAGAAGAAGAAGAAGAAGAAGAAGAAGAAGAAGAAGAAGAAGAAGAAGAAGAAGAAGAAGAAGAAGAAGAAGAAGAAGAAGAAGAAGAAGAAGAAGAAGAAAAUGAAGAACAAAAAAGAAACGGAGAAAACCCUCGAAAACAAGUCUCAAGUUAA